AUGAGUCAAUCAUCGACAAGAAAAAGAUUGAUUCAAUGGAGUCCACAUAAUAAAAGUUCAUUUAUUGUUGGUUCAAAUGAUUUAAGAUUAUAUAAUUUUAAAUUUAAAGAUAAAAAUGAAAAAAAGAAUGAAAAUAAUAUAAAUAAUAGUAAUCAAUAUAAUCAGAAUAAUCAACAACAACAACAACAACAAAUACAGCAGCAACAACAACAACAACAACAACAACAACAACAACAACAACAACAACAACAACAACAACAACAACAACAACAACAACAACAUGAUAUAUAUUCACCAAAAUCUAUAACAUCAAAAUAUAUGGAAACUUAUAAUUUUGAUAUAGAAUAUCCACCUGAUGAUUGGGUACCACAAGAAAAGAAAACAAUAUCAUUAAUGUCAGUUAAUUCAGAUGUUCAAUUAAUGAAAUGUAUGGCAUGGUGUCCAGACGAAUCAGAUACUAAUUUAAUUGCAUGUGGUUUAACAAGUGGUCGUGCAAUUUUAACAAGUUUUUCAUCAGUAAAUAGAAUUUUAAAAGAAUUAGUACCAAAACAUACACGUUCAUGUAAUGCAAUCUCAUGGAAUCCAAUCUAUACAAAUCAAUUAGCAGUUGGUUUAGAUAAAGUAAGAGGUGAUUCUUCAACUUUAAUUUGGGAUAUAAAUUAUUUACAAUCAACAACUUUAAAUAAUCAUCUUCAUAAAAAUAAUAAUAAUUAUAUUUCAAAACUACAACAACAACAAAAUAAUAUUGACCAACCAUAUAUAAUAUCACAAAUUUCAGAUAAUAGUUUUAGUACAUCAACAGAUUAUACAGAUACAAUUUAUCAACCAAUUUCAGAAUUUACACAAUCUGAAGCAACAUUAGCAUUAGCAUGGUUGCCAAAUAAUCCAUCAUGUUUAUUAGUAGGUACAGGAUCAAAAUGGUUAAAACUUUAUGAUAUUAGAGAUGUAAAUAGUUCACAAUCAGUAAUGGCACAUCAAAAAUCAGUGAAUGGAGUUUGUGUUGAUCCAUUCGAUUUCAAUAGGAUAGCAACGAUGAGUGAAGAUAGUCAUAUAAAAGUAUGGGAUCUUAGAAAUUUAGAUGAUCCACUUAUAAUUGUAAAUAGUAAUUGUAAAUCCAUUCAACAAAUCGAUUGGUGUCCAACUAGAUCAGGUGUAUUGGCAAGUGUUGGUAAGGAUAAAUCAUCCAUUAAACUAUGGGAUAUUAAAGCACCAAUUGAAUUUUCAAAAUCACCAAAAUUGGAAUCCACCACAUUGAGUACUGGUGGUGGUGGUAGUGGUAGUAAUACAUCAAAUAAUUUAAAUAAACGUUCAACAAGUAAUAAUAAUAAUAGCCAAGAUCCAAUCAAUACAAUUUCAAAACCAACUAAAAUUCAUCAUUCAUCCGAUGUAGUUUCAUCUUUCUCUUGGCAUCCAACAAAUGAAUGUCGUAUGUUAACUGUAUCCUAUUCUGGCGUUAUUGAUGUAGUUUCUUUAAAUGAAAAUAUUCCAAUCUCUUGGUCACCACAUGGUGGUAUUUGUUUUUCAUUUGGUAAUAAUGUUUUAGAAGGUCCAACUAAAGGUGAAACUUUAGAACCAAAUAUUUUAAAUUAUAAAAAUUUAAUUAAUGAUGGUAGAUAUGAAAAAGAUAUAUCAUCAAAAAUUAAAGAGAGAGCAAUUUUUGGAUAUAGUGCAAAUGUUGAAGAGAAUAUAAAUUUAGCAAAUAAAAUUAAUGAUGAAAAUAUAAACUUUUUAUGGAAAUGGAUUCAAAAAGUUCCAAUACAAAUUCAAAAUUUUAAGAGAGAAUCAUCAUUAAUAUCAACUCCAAGUAUUUCAACUACAACACCAGGUGGACCAAUAACACCAUCAGCAACAACAAAAACAAUAAUAAAUAAUAAUAAUAAUAAUAAUAAUAAUAAAAAUAUUAAUAAUAAUAUUAAUAAUAUUAAUAAUAAUAAUAAUAAUAAUAAUAAUAAUAAUAAUAAUAAUAAUAAUAAUAAUAAUAAUAAUAAUAAUAAUAAUAAUAAUAAUAAUGAAUAUAAUGGAAUUUAUAAUAUUUUAAUUGAAAAAGAUAUUUCAACGGUUGAAUCAUCAAAUGGAUUUGUAAUAUAUAAAUCACCAAAUAGAAAUUUAUGUUUAUCAAUUUGUGGUUGGGGAUUUAAUCAAAGUUUACCAUUGGAGAAUAUAUUAUCAAGAUUAGAAAAGAGUGGAGAAUAUGAGAGAGCUGCAGCAAUUGCUGUAUUUCAUUUAGAUAUAAAAAGAGCGAUUUUAGUAGUAACAAAUGCAACUUAUAAUAUUCAUCCAGUAACUCAAACUAAUCAUCAUGGUCAUUUAAUGAGACAAGAUCGUGAAUUUAGUUUAAAACUUUUAUCAAUUGCUUUAGCAGGUUUUGAUGGUAGUUCAACAAGUAAUAAUAAUAAUAAUAAUAAUAAUAAUAAUAAUAAUAUUUGGAAAGAAACUUGUAAAUCAACAGCAAAAUCAUUUAUAAAUCCAUAUUUAAAAACAUGUUUAGAAUUUUUAGCAUCAAAUUCAGAUUCAAAGGAUAUUUAUUCAAUCAUUGAAGAUUCUAGAAUUAAUUUAGAUGAUAAGAUAGCUUUCUCUUGUAAAUAUUUAGACUAUCAAGAUUUAAUUCAUUUUGUUGAAAGAAAUACAAUUCGAGUUAUAGAAUGUGGUAAUUUAAAGGGUGUAUUAUUAACUGGUUUAACAGGUAGAGGUGUAGAUUUAUUAUCAAAUUAUAUCGAUAGAACUUGUGAUAUUCAAACGGCAGUUUUAGCAAUUAGUUUGGUUGUACCAAAAUUCUUUAGAGAUAAAAGAGUUUCAAAAUGGUCUUCCAUCUAUAGUGAUCUAUUGGAUCAAUGGGAAUUAUGGCAUGAACGUGCAAUACUCGAUAUUCAAACUAGAAUUAGUGGUAUCGAUCAACCACCAACUCCACAAAUCUUUGCAAAAUGUGGUUUCUGUCAAAAUUCUUUUGCUUUUGAAUCAAUUAGUGCAAGUUCAAUCGUUGGAAGAAAUGCAAGUAGUAAACCAAAUUUCAAAGCAAAAGUACCAUUUUGUCCACAUUGUAAACAGUCAUUACCACGUUGUUGUCUUUGUUUAUUACCAUUGAAUUGUAUGGUACCAACACCUGAAUUUAAAAAAUCAAAUACUACAAUUGGUAGUGGUGGUGGUAGUAUUGCAAGUAGUGGUGGUAUAAAUAAUAGUGGUAGUAUUAAUAAUCCAAAUGAUUCACAACUUUGGUCAAAUGGUUCUGAACCUUUUGAAGAUUGGUUCACUUGGUGUCAAACUUGUAGACAUGGUGGUCAUUCUCAACAUAUUUUAGAUUGGUUUAAAGAUCAUUCAAUUUGUCCAGUUACUUCAUGUGAUUGUCGUUGUAGUCAAUUAUAA